CUUUGCCGGAGACAUUUGUGUUCCUGGGCUUCGUGCAGAGAAGCAAGAAGAGAUGGUUUGAGACAAGCAAGGACACUAUUCUCAUUGGUCGCUGACGGAUCCGCCAUAGCUCCGAGCCUGAGAUGCAGCUACCAAGUUGCCGGUGCCUCAUCUGGAUUAUCCUUACUUUGCUUGCAUCCACCCUCAUCUCAGCCGAUGGCAUCGCUUUGAGUAAUGCCUCCCUGCUAUGGGGUCCCUACCGUCCGAAUCUCUACCUCGGGAUUCGCCCAAGGGUGCCAGAGAGCCUGCUCAUGGGAUUGAUGUGGGGUAGACUGGGAGACAGAGCAAGUAAGCUUCGUCACACCUGCGAACAGAAUGAGCGAAUGGACGGCUACGAUUGGACCGCGUAUGAUACCCGGAAGGGAGGGACACAAACCAUCAGAGAUGCUGAGAACAUGGUGGAUAUCACCACCGAAUUUGUCAAGAAAUACGAAGGACAAACUGCAGGGAACUGGGCAUUGAGGGUUCGAGGGACACCCAGGGAUGUCGCGACUGCCGGCCUUAGGACGUCGGUAGUGUUCUACGUAGCCAUGGAGAAGAUGGAUACAUGUCCGGAGUGCCGCUUGGAAGCGGCAACGGAGAAGAAAGGGUCAGGAGAUGACUUGACUGUGGAGGCUGUGGAUAUUCAUGUCAAACACCCCGGACUUGGAGCGUCGGUCAUACAUAUCACGGGUCUGAAGAGCACGGAGCGAGCCGAUCGACCGAACAACACAGGGACGCACGAAAACACGUUUGUAAACAGCAUGAAUACGACCGAGGACAUGCUGUGGCAAUCGAAGUCCCUCUUCCAAGCAGUUUUGCAAGAGAAUCGCGAAACACGGGGAAAUGACGCGGUGAACUGGUAUCUUCCAGACAGCCCGGGAGCAGGGAAUGUGCAUUUCGUCCAAUUAGUGUUCCAGGACGAUUUCGAGUUUGACAUCAUCUAUUCCUCCCAAGCCGCAAGCCGCUCCAUGACCUCUCCUGAACUCACGAAAGAAGUCAAGAACAAUUUCCAGUCGUUCCAAUCGAGAUUCUCAGCAGUGUUCAAUCCCAACACGCCUUUCGGUAGCGAAUCCCACACAGUCUUCUCCCAAACCUUGCUCUCAAAUUUGCUCGGCGGGCUGGGUUAUUUCUACGGCGAUAGCCUAGUAGACGAUUCACACGCUCCCGAAUACGAAGAAACAGCCCCAAACUUUUGGGAGAAAAUCGCUGAAUCCCGAGUCCGCGCAAAACAUAGUAGCAAAGGCUCCUUUGAGCUUUUCAGCCAUGUGCCUUCCCGCCCAUUCUUCCCGCGAGGCUUCCUUUGGGGUGAAGGGUUCCACCUCCUGCUAGUUCUGGAUUGGGAUCUUGACCUUGCCUUGGAAGUAGUUCGGAGCUGGUUGGCGCUCAUGGACAAGGAUGGCUGGAUCGCCAGAGAACAGAUCUUAGGCCCUGAGGCACGCAGCAAAGUCCCCAAAGAAUUCCAAGUCCAGAUGCCGCAAACUGCCAAUCCCCCAACUCUGUUCUGGAUCGUCUCUAGAUUCAUCGACAUGCUGUCCGGAAAGACAAAGUACGUGGGUCACGAGUCCGUCUAUCUCAGCCAGCCAGACAGCGGUAAGGCUCUGCUAACCGAGCUCUACCCUCUUCUUCAGCGGCAUUACGCGUGGUUUCGCAGAACCCAAUCCGGAAACAUUGAAGAGCAUUCAAUCCCACAAGCCUCUCUAAACGAGGGAUACCGCUGGCGUGGCCGAACCCCUGAACACAACCUUGCAUCUGGCAUGGACGACUAUCCUCGUGCGGAACCACCCAAUCCCACUGAAUUGCACCUCGACGCCCUAUGUUGGGUCGGCGUCAUGGCCUCCGUCCUUCUCCAGCUUGCCGAAUACACAGCCCAAAGCCCGGAAGAAAUCACAACAUUCUCAACUCAACUCGCAGCGAUUUCCCAAAACAUAGACGCGUUACAUUGGUCAGAGGAACAACAAACAUACUGCGACACACAGGUCUGGGAAGAUCAUCACGCAUACACCUGUGUGCAAGGCUACCUUUCGCUCUUCCCCUUCCUAACUUCCUUUCUCGGCCCAACCCAUCCCAAGCUUAACGCCACCCUCAAUCUCAUCCGCGACUCAAGCCCCGAGGGCCUAUGGACGCCGUACGGCCUCCGCGGUCUAAAACCUAGUAGCACACGCUACGGCACAGGCGACAACUACUGGCGAGGUCCCAUCUGGCUAAACAUAAACUACCUCGCCAUAUCUCGACUCCUAGAGCUUGCGACAACUCCAGGCCCGCUACAACACCGCUGUCGAACCAUCUACACGGAGUUACGACGGAAUGUCGUCGAAACUGUCCACUCCUCAUGGCGUACCACUGGAUUCGCGUGGGAGCAGUAUAACCCCGAAACCGGAGAUGGGCAGCAGACACAGCAUUUCACCGGGUGGACGGCGCUGGUAGUGAAGAUUAUGGCGUUUGCAGAUUUAGAGGAUAAGGAGGAGGGAGUUGGGAGGUUUGGCGGGUGGGUUAAGGAUGCGAGGGAGGGAGCUGGAUGGGGGAAGGGGGGUGGCGUGGCGGGUGUGGUAGUGCUUAUGCUGGGGGGGUUAGUGGUGACGAGGAGGAGGAUUGCUGCGCUUUUUCGGGGUGGUUGGAGGCAGGUUAGGGGAUUGUAG